AUGAAGCGGGAGAUUAAAGGACGAAGUGAAUCUAAUCGUGUUGUUUCUAUUCCUCUAAUGAAGCAUCUUAAGUCUGAAUUAAGUCCACAUGCUGGUCAGAAGAAUAAUAGAUUGGAAUUAGAAGUAAGAGAUUUAGUAGAUAGGCUGAGUUGUACUAAAGAAGAGUUAGAAAGUCGAAAUUAUAUCUGUAAAAGAGUGAUAGAAGUGGGAGAUAAGGCAGGAGUAGUUAUUUAUACAAUGGAAAAUUUACAGAUAGGAGUUGAGCCUAAAACAAUUGAACUAUUUUGUAAUUCAGUUGAUAAGCUUUGGCAAGUAAUGGAAGAGUUGAAAAAAGUAGCUGAGCCGAGUACAGUUAUUCAAGGGAGUAAUGCUAUCUAUCCUUUUAUUACUUUUAAAUCACCUGGUUUAGUCUAUACAGUGACUUUGUAUGGAAUUGAUCGGGUAGAGGAAGGUAUUAGUUAUAUUAGGCGGUUAUUAAAGGAGUUUCCAGUAGCUCAGCAAAUGGCACUAGUAAUAGGACAUAUACUGAAGCAAAGGAAGCUUUGGAAUAUGUCUGGGAUUUUAAAGGAGUAUUUGUUGAUAUUACUGAUUGAAGGGUUCUUGCGAAGUCAUCCCUUAGUUCAAGGUAAGUCUAUUGAGCUGAAUGAUAGUUUAGGAGCAUUACUAAUGGACUUCUUUCAGUUGUAUGGUAAGGACAUGAAUUAUAUGAACGUGAGUCUGCAUCCUAAGACGGGGCAGUUCAGUAGGCGGUCGAAUAAAUCGGCUGCAGGUCAUAUUAGUCUGAUUGACCCACUUACACAGGAAGAUAUUGGGUGUAGUUACUAUUCCUUUAAGUAUGUAGAAGAGUUGUUUUUGAACUUACAUGCUGGAAUGAAUGUUUUACUGCAUAGUUUGAGUACUUCUCGACUAACUGAUUUCUGGGUUAAGUUAAGUUAA